UGCAGGCAACUCUGUCCCCUUUCCUCCCUUUCAUUCCAACCCGUGAGCACAAUAGUCUCCCUUCUCUGCCGAAUGCAUUUUUGAAAAAAAUGAAUAAUAAUAUAUUUUUUAAAUCGUUAAAUGUGAUGCAUGCCUCCGAAUCGUGUGAUGCGUCCGAUCAGCUGCGUUUUUGGCAAUAAAAUAAGAGCGAUGACAUGACAGUAUACCGUUCUUAUUUUAUCCCCAAAUUUAUAUAUUAAUAUAAUAAUAAUAAUUAUCACACCGUUGGUCUCUUACCAUAUGUCAUCAGCACAAAUGAUCUGUCCCUAAAAGUCAAAAAUCCACCAUCCCCCCUGGCUUUUUUUUACAACUCGACCACUGAUUAAAUGUAGGCUACAUUAAAUCUAUGUAUAUGUUUAUUGACCACAUCUCUUUUAAUAUCUAACAUGCUCAAACGAACCAUGUCAUGAAGUUGCAUUAACAAAAUUUCAGAAAAAGUGAAUGAAAUAGCUCGGAAUUGCUAAGUGCGACCGGAAAGGAGAAGCCAACCGAGAGAAGAGGAAGCGGCACUUCAACACGGCGCCAUUAAAGCCCCGGAGGGUUGUGGGGAGCAGAGCGGCGUCUCAGGAACAUGAAGGCCGCGGUCCCUUUCCUCGUUUUCCUCAGUGGCUGUUGUAUGACUUGGACGGGGGCCCUGACCGUGAAUGGAUCGGUCGGGGGAACAGUCAGAAUCGAAUGCACUCACACCAAUGCGUAUACCAACAAGAAAUAUUUCUGUAAGGGAAAAUGUGAGGAUGUGAAGGACGUUCUCAUAAGUACUAGCGCCAGAGGAUCGGAUAGGUACUCUAUCAAAGACAAUGGAAACACAUUCAUCACAACAAUUAGGGAUCUGCGCCUGGAAGACACUGGGACUUAUUGGUGUGGGAUACACAGGUUCCUUCUCGACACAUAUGUAAAAGUGUAUCUCAAGGUAAACAAAGUGGUGAAGAGUGAUGUCAAUGCUGUCAAAGAAGCUAUUUCAACACGGUUUACACCAACAGCCCGGCCAACAGACUUUGAAAAUGAAAUCUCACGAGGAGAAAGCAUUUCUGAUCAGUUGACGUAUAUAGGAGCAGCCCUUGGUGUUGCUGUGUUGGUGCUGGCCCUGGUUCUUCUGACCUUCUGCAGGAUAAAACGCAGAAGAGCCGCGUUUGCUUUGGACAAAAACCAAAGCACCAGCGCUAUUUACUCCAAUGUCAGUGGGUUUCCAAAGCCUCAGGACCAACCAGAUGAGAGUGUGUCGGUCCCCUCCAGUCCAGAGCAGCCCGGUGUCUUCUACUCCACUGUGAGCUACAACAAUGAUUCCAAGGGUGUGGCCCUCUUAACGUACACAGACUCUGUCAUGUAUUCUACCAUUCAAAAGACUCAGUAAGGGCCUGGAUGAUCAGAAUUAAGAGUGAUUCUGCUUUCAGAAAAUACUAUUAAUAUGGAUAAUAAUACCUGUCCUUAAAUUCACAGGUAUUAUUUAAUUCUUAUCUGAAUAGAACUUACUUCGGAGAAUGUGGAAAACUGAAAUGAACACAUGUGCAAGCAGGCAAACAAGCACACACACACACACACACACACACACACACACACACACACACACACACACACACACACACACACACACACACACACACACACACACACACACACGUAUGUACCUACGAUGUACCUACCUCACCAGUCUGACCCAUGUUUCAAAUUGUUCUCCUCGUCACCGCUAGAGUGAUCCACAUGGUAGAAUGUGAUAUGGUCUAGCAUUAAGUCAGCGUCUUCGUGAUUGCUAUACAUUGGCCACUAGAGAGCAGUGCUUCUUCCCAAAUUAAUUAAAUAAUAAAUCACA